GAACCUGAUUAAAAUAAAAACCAAGAAGACCAUUGGAAGCACUAAGGCGCUUGGAGAAUAAUUUGUAAUUUAUACAAACUAGUUGAGCGGUUCAGAUAUCGCUGAUUUGAAUCUGUGAUGGUUGACUUUACAAUGGACUAUCUAUUUUAAUCUGAUUAUUGCAAGGGAAUGUUAAAAAUUUUGUUGAAAACAAAUCACAAUGUCACUAUAUCUGUAUAUCAUUGAGGUUGCUCUUCGACUUCGUAUAUGUAUGUAUGUAUUUAAACGGUGUCUACCCGUUUACGUGAUUAUAGCCGAAUAAAUAAUAGUACGCCAUUGGCCUCUUCCUCGGCUUCCACCAGCGGGUGCUGCAUCGUAAACUUUCAAAUAUUGAGUGCUUUCGUCCACUCGGACAACAUGACCUAACCAGUAACCGCUGUAUUUUUAUUCGCUGAACUAUGUCUAUGUCGUCGUAUAACUCGUUCCAUCGUCUGCGGUAUUCACCGUUGGCAAUGUUCAAAGAAGCAUAAAAAUUUCGCAAAACCUUUUUCUCAAAAACUUUUAGAGUCGUCUCAUUGGAUGUAGACAUCGUCUACGCUUCCGCAACAUUGAGCAAAUCGGUUUGGCUUUAAUUCGUCGAAAGAGGACUUUACUUUUCAAUUGGCUACUCAGUCCAAAGAAGUAAGCCUGACGUUGUUGUUUGUAUAAAUGUUGGAUUAAAAAUGGAUGAAACUAUCUACAACUGCAAAUUAUGACUGUCAAUGGAGCAACAUCACAGGUGAAAUGUGAAAGCUCAUUACCAAAUCGCACUAUAAACGGUAUAUAUACAUACAUAUGUAUGUAGUUACAAAAUUCAAAACACCAGCACAAUAUAUGAUAUAACCGCCAACGUGCUUCACUUCAUUCCAUAUUUUCACAUGGACCUGAUAAACUCCACUGACCCCAAGUUGAACAGAUGAUAAAGUUGUUUCGCAAAUAUUUUCGCUCCGCAUAGAUCACCUCUUUGUUCUUCCGCUUUGAUGCAAAAGAAUGCGGUCAACUCCAAAUGCCAAUGCGUCAAGAAUUAGGAACGCUGACGACUUUCGCACAAUGCACGAGCUGCCCCAUACAAGAGUAGUACUUGGACGGCUAACGCAAUGCUUCAAGAAGUGGAGGGCUUGGCACGCUUGGAACUGCUGUUGUAUGUGCUUACAUACAUACAUAUGUAGCAGAUCGGCAACAUCUUUGCAAUUUAUCUGCUCAGAACCGUAGAGGAAGAGCAUAAGCGUUUUCGCAUAUCGCACUCUCAAGCAGUUAUAACAAGCACACGACAUCGCCAGCAACAUCGGCGAUAUGGCCGAGUGAGCAAUCGUGUGCGAAAGGCGCGCGCGCGAAGAGAGUGCGCGAUUGGCAACGCCAUAUUGAGAUAGUGAUCGCCAAGCGCUGCGGCGGCAUUGGCGAACAGUAAGCAACGAACAAUGUGAGUAGUGGGCCUCGAAAAGCAGAAGCCAAUUCGAAAAUUGAAAAAAAAAACAAACGAGCGUCGCAAAUAAACCAAAUUCAAAUACAAAUUCAAAUGGAAAUCAAAACAACAAAAGCGCACACGCAUAGCGGGCGGCAAGCGGUUGGUUGGGCAAUGAAAGCUACAAAACAUUGCAUUCGAAAUUGAGAAGCGCCAUGUGAAGUGCGGAGGUGGCAAGGUGUUUGAUUAGCCAGCUAUUGAGCGCCCCCAAAAUAAUACUCACAGCGUGUGCUCCAAAACUUUUUUCGCCCAAAUACGCUCCGCGCUGACGCUGAGCUAUUUUCAUUUUCGUUUUGGCGACGAGUAAACAGUUCGGCGUGAACUGUUUUGUGCUUGUGGCGGGCGUGAUUGAAUUCUGAUUUUUUGAAAUUAAAUCAAAGUUCAUGCGAGUAUUUAGCGAAAAUAUGUUUUCGUAAGUUUUCGGAAUAAACAAAUCAAACACGAAACACGACUUUAAAAAGUGACAUACUAGAGAGUAUGCACAGUAAAGAGCUUUCACAGGCGAAAAGGGACUAUUUUCCCUGCUUUUCUUAAAACAGUGACGAGUGUGUGGAAAACAUUGUGCCCACGGGAUUUACAAAAAAGAAAAAAAAACAAAUGUAGUGCAAAUUAUACGUGAAACGAAGCAUGAAGAAACAAGCAUAAAUGCUCACAGCCGAAAUAGAAUGUGUCUAUUUUAUGGGUAAACAAAAAAGAGCUCUCUUUCUUAUUGUUUUUAUUAAUUUGUAAUCAUAAACGCGCUACACGCAACUGCCUUUACACUGUUUAACGGCACAUCCGGCGGAAAUUCGUUUUUGGCUAUCUUCAUAUUGGCGGCAAGCGGAGCGCUUACUGGAGCUGGUCAUUAAAGAUAACACACACACACACCCAAAUUCAGCAAGACGUUGGAGCAACAAGUGUGCUGCCAAAAUUUUGUACGCAACAAACGCCGAAGAGUUCGUGCUGCCAUUCUUUGCGGAAGUCUAACAAUAUGUCUGUGGAUAACCCAUAUUAUUUCUACAAUGACCAGAAGUCACCGCGCACGCCGGACUCACAGAGCUCCAACAAGACAUUCUCCAUAUUCAAGCGACGCAAUUCGAAAGGCAGCAGCCCGCGGGUCAUCAUACCGGAACAGACGCGGCUAAUCACUUCGGCGAAUCUCGAUUCGGCGGCCACAAUGGCAUUAGGAAGUCCGCGUGGCAGUUUUGGCUCACUGGGCGGCUUCUCACAACAAUCUUUUGAACUGCAGCCAUUGAUGUAUCGUCAGCGUUCGUCGAACUCACACUCGGAGACGUUUCGCGAACGGCUGGGCUCCUAUAACGAGUCUAAUGCCUCGACAUGCGGUGUCGGCGGCGGUGGCAGUGUCGUUGGAGGCGGUGGUGCAGGCAGUGACUUUGAUGAUGUCUUUUGCAUGUCUCCCUCAAGCAAACACCAUCACACACUGCCGAACAGCAAUGCACGACGUCACUCCUUCGGCAACUGGCGGCAGGCGAGCGAACGGCAUCACCACAAGAACACGGGACUCAGCACACCGGAUGAGGUUCCAAAUAUGAUGGCUCCACGACCGCCCGUCUUAUCGCCCAACAAAUAUCGCGGUUUGCAUCGAAGAAGAGAUAACUGCGGCACAGUAAGCAACUCAUCAUCCAACAACUCGGGCGCCUACAAUAUGGACGACAUACUCAUUAUCACGGCGAAGCACAGUGAACGCGCCAUAUUGCGCGCCAAUUUCCUCAAGAAUCAUUUCGACAAAAUCACAAAACAGCGCGGACGCAAGCCUUUCAACUUUUUGCACAUCAAGAUCGAAGAUGGUCCCUUCAGUGAGGAGAUCGCACACAAAUACCAAAACACCGCCUUACAGAUCGUUAUACUCUGUCCAGCGCUGUUGGCGCUCUCACACUCGUUUCUACUCUCGCAACUAACUGCCAUUAUACGUGUGGAGAAAGUGUUGGGUAUUCUCUUGGAUAUUUCCGAGGAGAAAGUCAAGGAGAUACAGAAAACAGCACUGCCAAGUUACUACAAAUGGCGUCGGUGCACCAUACGCGAUAAUGACCAAGCGCAGAUCAGUAAUAUACUCGGCAUAGCUACAGAUAUAUUGGGACGUGCACUAUGUCAACGACCACCGUGUCACGAUCACAGCAGCAUUUCGCGUAGUUUCUCCAGCUGCUCGGAAGGCUUCACUAUACUGCCGAAGAAAGUGAAGAUCGGACAGAAUAAAGUCGUGGCCAUGCUAUCCGAGCCGCUAGAGAAAGACGACUCAAUCAAAAUAAUGGUUGAGAAGUCUGGGGAACUAAUUGAAAUUAGAAACUUCAAGUGCCGCAAUCCAUUCACAGUACAGUUCUCCAUACCAGAGUCCUGUAUGGAAAUCUCCACUAUGGUUGAGAUACGCAUUGAAAAGAAUGAGAAGAGCCUAGGCGCUCGUCCCAUCAAAUGCGAAAGUCGGAUGCGCGAGCUCGAGCAACUGCUACGCACCGAGGACUCACCCAUCGAAUUUAUGUGUCAUUCAUUAGGCAUUGGACCAGCUGAACUUGAUGCGCUCGACUUGCAUUUGCUGCAGUGCUUCCAAAAGAACAUGCCGCCCAAUUUUCAUUUACUCAACGGUCCCUAUGAGAAGCAACAUCACUUCCUAACCAUACGUGAAUCAAGCCCUGAAGAGUAUCCCACACUUUUGCAUUUUGCAGCACGUUGGGGUCUCAAUCGAUUAUGUAUUCAGUUGAUGGAGUGUCCGGGUGGCGAUACUGCUUGUGGCAUACGUAAUUGUAUUGGCAAAACACCCGCUGAACUGGCCGAACAAGAGGGGCAUCACAAGCUGGCGACGAACAUUGUUAGUUUCUCUGAGUUUCACGAACUUACCACAAUGUAUCACUACUUCAAAGGUAUUAGCGGGCCUACUGGACACAAAAGCAAUAAUCAAACGGUGGUAAAUGGUAAAAUAGCUAACAGUAAUCAAAACCUAGCCAACCAGAGUAACAACAAAGUCGUUAUUGAAGCUGUAAAGUCGACACCGGCGUCACCAAAAGUGAAGCAACCGAAACCACAAAAACCUAUACCACAAGAACCGCAAGAAAUACAAUCCGCAGAAUAUAUGGAAAUGUCAAGUGGUUCCGAACGUGAAAAUACACCCGAUUCCAAACCAAAGAUAGAGACAUUAGCUGUCUCGAACUUGAAUUACAUUAGCGUAGAAGCUGAGGAUGAGAAUUUGCAAGGCUCCUCUGCUGAUGUUUGCAAGAACUUUGAGAAGGUCGUAACCACACCCGAAGUCACUACGAAUGAACUUCGUAUAAGUGAACCACCUUAUUACCAAUCGAAGGAACAAAAUAAAUCUGUUGAUGUCACUGAUUCUCCUUACCAAACGGACAAGUUCAGUCAUGAAUGUUCACAGUUACUCGAGAGCUGCACCGGCACGACAGCCAGUAACGAUUAUGUACUCCAGCCAGCGAAUAUUCCACUACCACCGAAACCGGUUAACACGCCACCAACAGCUCGCGUCCCCAAUGGCAACGCAGAUACUGAUGAUGGCAAUUACCUCUUCCAGCCGUCGAAUCGACCAGUUGAAGAUGAAUUGCUGCCACAGAAUCGUCUCAGCUUGAGUCGUUCGUUAAGCUCUUCCUCUCGCGCUGGCCAAAAUCCCACAUAUGGUACGCUGAAACGUACCGCCUCAGAUGCCUCCAGCGUCACAACACGUUCCAAUGCCGAUGACGAAUUGGCCGAGAUUAUGCACGACUUCAAGAAUAAUGUGCUCAGUAUACGCGAUGUUGAGUUGUUGGUCGAAAAGUGGAAACAUCGUAACGAUGUGCAACAGAGCUUCCGCGAGAAACAAGAGCAAAUUGAUCAGUUGCGCAAAGAAUACGAUCGCAUACAGGAAAACCUGAGAUCACAGCUGAAACGUGAGACACCCUUUGAAAAAAUCAAGAAACUCUUCUCACGACACAAAUCCACAACGAAUUUGACAGAGAAGGCCUCUUGCGCCGACAGCGUGCUUGACGAAACGAAAUCGUCCAUCACAACCAGUUCCAGUUUCAAAUCUUCACAACGUCCCAUCAGCUCGCUAAGCUUACAAAGUGUAUCGUCUUCAUCGUCUUCGGGACGCCUUAGCACCGGCAGCAAUUGCAGCGGCACAUCACUCGGUGACUCCGGCACACACUCCGACCAUGAAGAACGACGUUUCGUUUGUCGUCUGGCUUCGCCCGCUGCGCUCAUGGAUAACUAUCUUGUACCGCCACCACCACGUCCAGUACUAACACCUAAUUCAACGCCCGGUGAAGAGCGCCAUCAAUUAGUUUUCCCCUCACCAAAAUCAUCACUCCAACGUCUAAACACGCCCACCAGCCCUACCGGCGGCGAACACUAUCAGAUGUUCCCCUCUAAUAUACCAGUCUAUACCAGUCAGAAUUUAGCAACGUCACAGGCCAACAACUAUCUGAACACAAUUAUGGAGGCGAAAGAAAAUGACGCUGGAGCCUCCGCCAGCAGCAGCGCCUGCAGCAACAGCAACACUGGCAAUCGCCAAUAUCAAAAUGGCGUCACAUUACAACCCAUCAAGGUCAAUGAACGCGCGAAUAUCAUCUACGGCAAGCUGACGAAGGCUUCACCGCCCUGCACCUCCUUUAAGCCGAAACAAGUGGCUGUGCCACAGGUGGGCAGCAUUGAAGUGCAGGCUGAAGUUUAUCAGAAUGUCGGCGCAAACCUGGAACAGAUCAAGGAAGUUGAGCCCGUGAAGGAGGUGAAAGCGAAUGGCGCCGUGGUGGCAGAGACUAUCGAGAGCCCAAACUACAUGAACUGCUAAACGGCACGUCCUGAAGUAAAACAACUGUUAACUGUUUAUCCGAUUCAUUAGCAAAUGCUAAUUAUUUAACGCUUGCAGCGGAAAUUCGUUUUUUAAAUUUUUGGACAUAGUAAUGAGUCAAAACACUGUAAAUAAGAUUUGUAUGUACCGUUAGGCACUCUAUAGUAGUCUAUUGUUAAAAUAUAUAUAGGUAUUACUUAAGCAUUAGUGGUAUUUAUAAUUAAUUAACACUGUAAUUAAAAACCAAUACGAAAUGAGUAUGAACUAGUUAAAAAGUUGGAAUAUUUAAUAUUAAGCUAAAAAUAAAAAAACUAAAGUUUGUGACAAAAUAGAUUUCUUUCAACACUUUCAUAACUGUUUUCAUACAGAUUCAUUAACUACCCACUUGGACGACUAAAUGGAGAUUGAUCGACUGUUUGUUGGAGUUAAUUCAGACUAUUUUUACAAACGAGCUUAAAGCGCCACAUUAAGCUCUCAACUUCGUCUACAGAAAUUUGCAUGUAAAUUAAUUCAUAACCAAAUAAACAUUACUUCUUAUAUUAUAUGUAUAUGUACUAUUUAUUAUGGUUCCACACUCAUUUAAAGUUAAAUAAUUAUUUAAGUAUUUUACCGUUAGCACUUGUAAUUGUACAUGACAACAAUAACCAAACAUAUUGCACACAUAUCAUUUGGUUAGUUUAGACUAUGGUUUUUAU